AUCAAUAUUGACAUGAAAGAACCUUCUCUUUCCCGUCGGAAGCGGCCCAAACUCAAGCUGGUUGUCAGCUUCAACGGCACAUUCCACCGCCGUCCACCGGCGGGUAAGCUCAGAUACACUGGCGGCGAGACCCGUAUUGUCUCUAUCGAUCGGACCAUCUCUUUUUCAAGACUUGAAUCCAAGAUUUAUGAACUCCUUCUUGUUAACCCUCAGAAAGACGGCACCGUCUCAUUCCAUCUCAAAUACCAGUUAACAGGGACUGAAUCUUCAGAAGGAGAGAGCCAUUUGGUUUCGAUCACGUCAGACGACGACGUUCGAUGCAUGGUUGAUGAGUAUGAGAAGCUUGUAUUUCACGGUAAGAACACUAGGCUUUGGGUUUUUGUAUGUAAUAGCAGUGAUAAUGGGUAUGUUGAUAAACUAGUGAAUGGUGACGUGACUGUGGAUACUGUCGAGAGCGAGGAUUUGAGUAAUGGGAUUGUGGGUUUUGUUAAGAACAAUGGGAUUGAGGGUGAUAAAAGGGGGGCUUGUGUGAAGCGGGUGGGUGAGGGUUUGAGUGGGAUUAAGGGUUUUGAGACUAAAAAUUUGAUGACCUAUUUGUGUGGAGGUGAUAAAGUUAAGAAAUCUAGUGAUGAUUCAUUGAGGAAAAUGGUAUUGAAACAACAGUUGUUAGCGAAACAAUCUGAUAGAAUUCGGGGUUUUGGCAGUGGUUUUGAACAGAGUGAAAUGGAAUUUUGUAGUGACAAUAAGAAAUAUGAUGGUCCACUUAUUGACUUGACCUCUGGAACAGAGAUCCCAUUGAGUGUUGAAACCAAAAGUCCUAGUUUUGGUGGUGAUUCCUAUAGGGUGAAUACAUUAGAUUGCAAGUCUUCCAACACCCAUUUGAUGGAAAGUGAGAAUUUUGGCACUUUGAUUUCAUUGCCUGUGUCUGAUUCUCGUCCAUUGAAUGCGAUGGAUGGGAUUUCACUGGUGGAAUCGAAUGGGUUUAAGCAUGGUUUAUCGGGACAGUCUCGUUUACUUUUUGGUAAUGGAAUUGGAACUAGUGCUGGAUGUUUGAGCCAAUUGGUUGGGGCAGGCCCGGCAGGCCAGUAUCCGAAGCCAUCAUGUUAUCCUAAUAUCAACUCGAUGAUUAAUGGCUUUGUCGGGGACUAUGACUUAAAAAGUGUUGAGCCAGCAUAUUUGAGAAAUAGAAACCGGGAAAACAUUAUGCCUUGGGGUGUAGAUUGCAAUAUAGAAAGGAACCAGUUUGCAGCAGUCUCUUCUAGUAAUCAGUUUGUUGGAAGUGGCUAUCAAAUAAAGUUUUCAUAUGGAAAUGACAGGGUGUGGAGUGGUUCUAAUUGUGGCAUUCGCAACCAUAGGUUUGGUUUAAGUGAUAUGAGAAACCAGAGAAUUUAUCCGUACCCCAUAAAAAGCCAUCGGAAUAAUCUUAGUGAGCUGGGGAGUCAUCGGAAUGCCAGAAUUGAUGGAAGGCCUUGGAUAGGAAAAUUUUACCCUGGGCUUAGGUCGGGUUCAAACAUCUCAAAACAGGGGCAGACUAUGAGGUCAUGCUAUACCACUUGGGGCAAAAUAUGGCCUGGUUUCCAUCAGCAGAAAGUUGAAGGAGUGGAAAGAACAUUGAGUUGUGGCCUAAAAAACCAAACUUGCUCAUUUGGUAAUCAAGAAAACACGAGAGAGCAGAGUGGCCUUGGUGUUCCUCAAUAUGGAAAGGAAAAUCCUAAGGAAUACCCCUUAGCUUAUCAUAAUGCUUGCAUAAGCACGUGUGGCCAGUCUCUGUUGCCUCUUAAUGCUGCCAAGAAUCUGUUAUCUUGCUCAAGGGCUGUAAACACUCCGAUAGAUCUCUUAACUGCUCCAGGCAGCAGGAACGGUGAAGUUCCAUGUCAAACUCUCUUCGAAAAUCUCCCUGAAAUGCCCAUGAAUGGCCCAACCUUUUGUGAUAUCAAAGGGGAAGCAUACCUGACAGGCCUGCAGGAAGCUAUGAAUCCGUGUAAUUUACUACAUAUUCCAGCUUCUAACAAUGGAACAGAGUCAGGAUGCAAUAGUAAUGGUGUUCAUACUCAACGAAGUGUUGCUGCGUCUUUACUCGACCUUUCUUUGCAUAGCCUAUCCUUAUCAUCAUCCAAAAAGGUGGAACCGCAUGUACAUUCUCCUCCUGCCAGUAGUGAUGUUUCUGAAGCCUUGCUGAAGCCUCAAUCAAAAGCUUUAGAUUUAAUGGAUGAAGAGCACUUGAGCUCAGCCCCUCAAGCUGAAAAAUCAAGUGGAGUUGCUUCUGAUUCUUCUGGUCACGGGGCAGCCAAAAUGGAAAGAGAUAAUGACCCAAAAGUGGAGGUUCAGCAGGACCCUCAAUCUGGUUUGAGCAUUGAUGAAAAGGAUGAUGUUAAAAAGGCAAAUGGUGGGAUCCCUUCCGAACUGACAGCAGUUUACACUCAUCUUGCCGCUAGGGAGCUGCAGACUAUAAAAAAUUCUGAUCUUGAAUAUAUUAAAGAACUUGGCUCGGGUGCAUAUGGAACUGUUUUCUAUGGAAAAUGGAAAGGAUCUGAUGUUGCCAUUAAAAGGAUGAAGCCCAGCUGCUUCACUGAAGGUGCAGGGGAGGAGGAUCGAUUGGUUGCGGACUUCUGGAAGGAAGCUCAUAUGCUGGGUCAGCUUCACCAUCCAAAUAUCGUUGCAUUGUAUGGUGUAGUUACAGAUGGGCCUGCCAACAAUUUGGCAACUGUGGCAGAGUACAUGGUGAACGGCUCCCUAAAACAAGUUCUGCGGAGAAAAGAUAGAACAAUUGAUCGACGAAAAAGGCUCAUCAUAGCCAUGGAUGCAGCCUUUGGCAUGGAAUAUCUACAUGAGAAGAGAAUUGUCCACUUCGAUUUAAAAUCCCACAACUUCCUUGUGAAUAUGAAAGAUCCUCAGCGACCAGUUUGCAAGAUUGGUGAUCUAGGCUUAUCGAAAAUUAAGCAGAGGACACUUGUGUCUGGUGGGGUGCGAGGAACUAUACCUUGGAUGGCUCCAGAACUUUUGAAGAGUAAGGACAUGGUUACAGAAAAGGUUGAUGUCUACUCAUUCGGAAUUGCCAUGUGGGAACUCUUGACGGGGGAGGAACCUUAUGCAAAUAUGCGAUCAAAGGAGAUAAUAGGUGGUAUAAUUAAAGGCAAUCUGCGACCUGAAAUCCCCAGGUGGUGCGACCCAACAUGGAGAUCACUAAUGGAGAGGUGUUGGUCAUCCGAUCCUGAUGCCAGACCUGCCUUCUCGGAGAUUGCCAAGGAGCUAAGGGCAAUGGCUGCAGCCAUGAAUAUCAAGUGACUCAACAUUGUUGAGCCACAUGCUGAAUUCAAUUUCUUUUUUCAUAAAUACUUAGACAGGAGCAGUAAGAACAGGACAUGCUGUGACGUGAUCAAAAUUUGCCGUCCACUGUCAUGGAUUUGAAGGUCAAGCUUUUGCUUUAGAGAAAACCAAAACUAAUGAAGUUUUUUUUUUUUGUUAGUUGCAAUCACUGAUUUUGAGAUGGCGAGUGUAUAUGAGGUACGACAAAACUAUCUUGUAUGAUUUGGUUCUCUAAAUCUUGUAUGAUU